AAUGUAAAAAGGUCAAGUCGCGCGAUAAAUCAUUACAUAAAUCUAUUGCAGAGAGAUACGCCGUGAAACUUGUGAGUUGUUUGUUGAUUGGAACAUGGGAGACCCCUCGCAACAAGCAACAGUAGUAGAACAGUGCGCAACAUUUAAACGACGCACAAUUAUUCAGUGUCAUAAACGAGCUGGCCGAGAGUGCAGCCCGUGCAGCCGAUAUUGCCGAAAGUCGAAACCUGUUUGAGUGACAUAUUUAUUUCAAACCGCAUACAUUAUGAUUCCGGUGGAGAUGACGACGUUGGUGUUCUACGUCAACGGUAAAAAGGUCGUCGAUGAGAAUGUUGAUCCAUCGUUGACUCUGUUGCAAUAUUUAAGAAACAAACUGCGACUCUGUGGUACUAAAUUAGGAUGUGGCGAGGGUGGAUGUGGUGCUUGUACCAUCAUGGUGUCAAAAUACGAUAGGAGCACGCAAAGAGUAAUCCAUCUUCCUGUGAACGCAUGCCUUGCCCCAAUUUGUUCCGUCCAUGGAAUGGCCGUAACAACAAUAGAAGGUAUAGGAUCAACAAAAACCAAACUCCACCCGGCUCAAGAACGCCUUGCUAAAGCACACGGCUCUCAAUGUGGUUUCUGUACCCCUGGAAUCAUCAUGUCGAUGUAUACUCUCAUCCGUAGCAUGAAUAAAUUCAAAAUGGAGGAUAUGGAGAUUGCUUUCCAAGGUAAUCUUUGCCGUUGUACAGGUUACCGUCCUAUUAUUGAAGGAUACAAGACCCUCACAGAGGAUUAUGAACUGAUGCAUGUUGCCAAUGGUCUCAACAAUGGUAAAUGCAAACCUAUGAAUGGUUGUGCCAUGGGUGACCAAUGUUGUAAACUUCAAAAGGAAGAUAACUCUACUGGAGGUCUUUACAGUCCAAGUGAAUGGGCACCGUUGGACCCAAGUCAAGAACCAAUUUUUCCACCUGAAUUAAAACUGACUGAUCAAUACGAUUCCGGAAGUUUGUAUUUCAAAGGUAAAGAAGUAGAAUGGUAUAGACCAACAUGUCUUAAAGACCUCUUGGAACUGAAGAGUAAACAUCCAGCAGCCAAAAUUAUUACUGGUAACACCGAAGUAGGAGUUGAGGUUAAGUUCAGACACUUUGUCUACCCGGUGUUGAUCCAACCAUCGUUGAUACCUGAAAUGACAGGAUGGAAAGAUGUAGGUACCGGUUUGAACAUUGGUGCAGCCAUGACUCUCUGGGAUAUUGAACAUUUACUAAGAGAUGUAAUUUCAAAAUCCCCAAAAUGGAAAACCAGGAUCUUUCAAGCAAUUGUUGACAUGUUGCAUUGGUUUGCUGGUAAGCAAAUCCGUAGUGUAGCCGCCAUUGGUGGUAACCUCAUGACGGGUAGUCCUAUAUCAGAUCUCAAUCCUAUAUUAAUGGCGGCAAUAGUAGAACUUGAAUUACAAAGCAAAAAUGGUACCAGACAUGUUCUAAUGGAUGAAACAUUCUUUACUGGGUACAGAAAAAAUGUGGUACAUAAUGAUGAAGUCCUUGUAUCCAUCACCAUACCAUAUACUCAAGAACAUCAAUAUUUCUAUGCGCAUAAACAAGCUAAGCGAAGGGAUGAUGACAUUGCUAUUGUUAACUCUGCAAUCAAUGUUUUAAUUGAUCCUAAAGACGGUACCAUUGCUAAUAUUGACUGUGCAUUUGGUGGUAUGGCUCCUACAACCGUCUUGGCUUUGAAAACUAGAGAGGGAUUAAAGGGUCUUCCUUGGAAUGAUCCUAAUACACUAGAUAAAGCCUACCAACUUUUGAUAGAAGACCUACCUUUAAGCCCAAGUGCACCUGGUGGUAUGAUUCAAUUCAGAAGAGCAUUACCAUUGAGUUUCUUCUUUAGGACCUAUUUAAAAAUAUCUAAAGAACUUCAAGGUACCAUUCCGGGUAUAACAAUAUCAAAACGUGAUGAAUCUGCUUUGGACCAGUUCCAUUAUCAGAUACCAAAGUCCAGUCAGUACUAUGAAGUAGCCCCGGAUGGUCAAAGCAAAGAUGAUUCUGUGGGACGUCCUGUACCUCACGUAUCCGCUUUCAAACAAGCUACAGGAGAAGCUGUCUACUGUGAUGACAUACCAUAUCAAGAGAAUGAACUCUACAUGGCUUUUAUUUACAGUACAAAAUCCCACGCUACUCUUGUAGAUAUGGAUGCUUCAGAAGCUCUUCAAAUGGAAGGUGUUACCGGGUUCCUAUGCGCUAAAGAUAUAGAUGAACAUUGUAACCAAGUAGGACCCGCAAUUCAUGAUGAAGAAGUGUUUAUAUCAAAAACAGUAACCUCCAUGGGUCAAGUCCUCGGUUGUAUUGUUGCCCAGGAUCAAACAACAGCACAACGUGCCGCGAGAAAGGUCAAGGUCACAUAUGAAGACCUUCAACCUGUCAUUAUCUCAAUUGAAGACGCAAUCAAACACAAAUCUUAUUUUCCAAAUAUGCCAAAGAAAAUGAUCCAGGGAGAUGUUGAUAAGGUAUUUAAGACAGCUCCUCAUGUAAUUGAAGGUGAAUGUCGUACUGGGUACCAGGAACAUUUCUACCUGGAAACACACUGUACUUUAGUAGUACCAAAGAAAGAAGAUGAUGAAUAUGAUGUGUUUACUUCAUCUCAACAUCCUAGUGAGAUUAAUAAACUGGUCGCACAUGUUUUGAACGUGCCUCAAAACAGGAUCUUUACUAAAGUAAAACGUAUGGGAGGAGGUUUUGGUGGUAAAGAAUCACGUGGUGCUUACGUAGCCACAGCAGCUGCUUUUGCUGCUUCAAAGUUUAACAGACCUGUGAGGAUUAUGUUGGAUCGUGAUGAAGAUAUGGCUUCUUCGGGUGGUCGUCAUCCAUUUUUAUUGAGAUACAAAGUAGGGUUCACUGAUGAGGGUAGGAUCCUAGGUUGUGAUAUACAAAUCUACAACAAUGCAGGUUAUUCACAUGAUCUUUCUGUUGCUGUUGUUGAACGUGCAAUGUUCCAUUUUGAGAAUGCUUAUAAAAUACCGGUAGCUAGAGUGUUAGGUUAUGUUUGUAAAACUAACCUUCCUACAAACACAGCUUUCCGUGGUUUUGGAGGUCCGCAGGGUAUGUUUGCCGGUGAGACUAUGAUUCGGGAAAUUGCGGAUUAUUUAAAGAAAGAUGUGGUUGAGUUAAGUCGACUUAACCUUUACCAAGAGGCUGAUAUUACUCACUAUAAUCAAUUAUUAGAGUUUUGUACACUUGGAAGGUGUUGGGAUGAAGCUUUAGAAUCAUCUGGGUAUGCUCAACGGAAACUGGACAUUGAAAAGUUUAACAGGGAAAAUCGUUGGAAAAAACGUGGUAUCUCUGUGGUACCAACUAAAUUUGGCAUUGCCUUCACUCUGAGAUUCCUCAAUCAAGCAGGUGCUUUAAUUCUUAUCUAUCAAGAUGGUUCCGUUUUACUAAGUCAUGGUGGUACUGAAAUGGGUCAAGGCCUUCACACAAAAAUGAUUCAAGUGGCUAGCAAAACUCUGGGUAUACCUAUCAGUAAGAUUCACAUUACUGAUACGGCCACUGAUAAGGUACCCAAUACAUCACCGACAGCCGCUAGUGCUGGGUCUGAUUUAAAUGGAAUGGCCGUUAUGAAUGCUUGCCUCACCAUCAAUGAACGUCUUCAACCUAUUAAAGACCGUAUGCCAGAUGCCUCCUGGGAGAAAAUCAUCCAAACUGCUUACAUUGAUCAAAUCAGUCUUUCCUGCACAGGAUAUUAUCGUACUCCUGAGUUGGGUUAUGAUUGGAAUACCAAUACAGGGAAAGCUUUCAAUUAUUACACUUAUGGUGUGGCUGUUAGCGAAGUGAUGAUUGAUUGUCUCACUGGUGACCAUCAGGUGCUAAGAUCAGAUAUUGUGAUGGAUUUGGGAAGCAGUUUGAACCCGGCUAUUGAUGUGGGUCAGAUUGAAGGUGGAUUCGUUCAGGGAUACGGAUUGUUUGUCCUUGAAGAAAUGAUGUAUUCUCCAACUGGUUUUAUCUUCACCCGAGGACCAGGCGCGUAUAAAAUCCCUGGUUUUGGUGAUAUCCCACUAGAGUUCAACGUAUCUUUAUUGAAAGGAGCUCCUAACCCAAGAGCAGUGUAUUCAUCAAAAGCUGUUGGUGAACCCCCGCUGUUUUUAGCAUCUUCAGCCCUGUUUGCUAUUCGGGAAGCAGUGAAAGCUGCAAGAGUAGACGCGGGACUUCCAGAAGCGUUUAAAUUAGACGCACCAGCAACUUGUGCUAAGAUCCGAAUGGGAUGUCAGGAUCACUUGACUGCUAAAUUGGAUGUACCUAAACCUGGUACUUUUACUCCUUGGAAUGUAAUUCCAUAAAUAUAAAGCAAUGUAUAAUAUGUUAUUCUGUUAUGUUUUAAAUUUUAUGUUUAUAAUAAUAAUAAUAUUCCUAAUAGUUUAAAUAA